AUGAGUAACUCGCUAGAAGAACGACUACGAAUUAACUCAAGCGCCUUCAACGGUUUACUAUCAUUAAUACCGGCAAAGUACUACUACGACGAUAAAACUCAAGAGCAGUGGAAACUGAAGAAGAAGAGUAAGGCACAGUCAAAAUUAGAUAAGCGCAAUAAGCUAGAUCCGGAGCUACAAAAUGAGGACUCCGCCUCUGCUUUGGAGGUGAUGGCCGAAAGAGAGAAAAAUGGGAAACCAGUUGUGAUUCCUGGCCGCAAGGUCGAAUCGCAGGAGAGCGACAGCGAAGAUGACAUUCAAGAGGACGAGGUAGAGCAAACAAGUGAAGAAGAACAACCAGAGCAAGCCGAAAAAGAGACGACCAUCGAGGAAAACAAUGAAGUACCCGCCUCAGAGGAAGAGGAAUCAAUAGACGUGGUAUUCGAUGACGAGGGAAACAAAGUUGACGAGGAGUCUAACCAGCCUACCGUUGAAGAAGCAGCUAAAACGAAAGCAGAAAAGGUGGCUAAACCCGACCGGAAGCAGAACUUAGAGAAACUGCGUGCCAAAUUGCAAGAAAAGAUCAUGUCGCUAAAAGAAAAACGUAAGGCUCCAGGAACCCAAGUAUCUGGUGCGCCUAGUUCAAGAGAAGCUAUUUUGGCUCAACGCAAGCACAAGCAAGAUUUGAAGCGGAAGCGCUCAGAAUCGGAAAGUACCAAACAAGAAGAAUCUAGUGGUAAUGAGUCCAAUUCGGAGUCUGAGGCAGAAGAUGAGCCUGAUCUGUAUCCUAGAAAAAAACAGGCAACUGGCCCCAAGGAAGACGACUUGACAAAAGGCCUCAUGUUUCAAAACAUACAAUUUGACGAUGGAGACCGUGCUACUUCUGAUCUACAACGCCUGCGGAAAGUUCAAAACAAGAAGGGGCCUGCCAGGAAUGAUAUCAAAGCUCAUUUGCAGGCUUCCGAGCUCAAACGCGCUAAACUGGAGGCUAAAGACGAACUAGAGCAGAUACAACACAAAGAAAAAGAGAAAUGGCAACGUGCCAUGCUGCAAGCAGAAGGUGAGAAGAUGAGAGACGACGAAAAACUGUUACGCAAAGCUUUGAAACGUAAAGAGGUGAAGAAACGGAAGUCAACCGAAGAGUGGCGUGAGCGUAAAGAAGCCGUUGCUACUUCCAUCUCGGACAAGCAAAAGAGACGUGAAGAGAAUCUGCAGAUACGCAAAGACAAUAAGGGCAAGAAAAGGUCACACCAAGAAAAGAUGAAGCGUGGCAUGAAAGGCAUAAGGCCGAAGCGGGCUGGUUUCGAAGGUCGUCUCAAAAGCCAGAAGAAGUGA